CCCCAUCCAGGCCCCACGGCGCUCACUGCCCCGGCAUCAUGUCCCGCUCGGAGGAGGUAAACCGGCUCACAGAGAACGUCUAUCGGGCAAUUCUGGAUCAAUUUAACCCCAGUUUAAGGAAUUUUGUUGCCAUGGGAAAGAACUAUCAAAAAGCACUCUCAGGAGUUACAGUGGCUGCCAAGGGUUAUUUUGAUGCCUUAGUGAAACUCGGCGAGCUGGCCAGUGACAGCCAAGGGUCCAAAGAGCUAGGUGAUACAUUGUUCCAGAUGGCUGAAGUCCACCGGCAGAUCCAAGUACAGUUGGAGGAGACGUUGAAGCUUUUCCACUCAGAGCUACUGUCCCAGCUGGAACAUAAACUGGAACUGGAUAUCAAAUAUCUGAUGGCCACCUUGAAGAAAUACCAAGGGGAACACCGGGCCAAAGUGGAAUCCAUUGAGAAGUGUCAAGCCGAGCUGAAAAAGUUGCGCAAGAAAUGCCAGAGCAGCAAAAACCCACAAAAGUACGGGGAUCGCGAAGUGCAGUACGUGGAGGUGAUGAGCGCCAAGCAGAGCGAGCUGGAUCGGUUCAUAGCAGAAGGCUACAAGGCAGCCCUGACUGAGGAAAGGCGCCGGUACUCCUUCCUGGUGGACCGCCAGUGUGCUGUCUCCAAACACUUCAGCUCCUAUCAUACCAAGGUGCGGGAGCUGCUGGCAGUCAAACUGCCUAUCUGGCAGACAUCGUGUACCCAACCCACCCGUUUACCUGAGCGAGCGCUAACCCUGGUCAAGCUCACAGCCAACAACCCCUCUGGGGGAGCACCGGGACCACGCACAGACACCAUCCCUGGCUGUAAAGUCCUAGAGGAGCCAUCGGAGCUGGGACCAAACCCUCGUGCCUCAGUCCAAGAGGUGACACCACUGCCAAACGGGGACUCGCACCGUGGACGGGGACCCCGGGACUUGGGCCAUCCCCCAGCCAGCGAGCCUAUCGCCAUCACUUUGGGUCUGCCGCCCACACAAACCACUCAGACACCCCCACAGACCAAGACUGCCGACAGCUACUCCUGCACCCUGCCGAUGCCGCGCAAGAUGUCGACGGAGACCCGUCUUGCAACGCUAGUGGAGAACAAGACCCUGCCACGCAUCAGUCCUCUCUCGGUCCUGCCUCCACGUUCUGAGCGCCGGAGAGUCCAGGCCAUAUUUUCGCAUGCGGCAGGCGAGAACAGCACCCUGCUCAACUUCCAAGAGGGAGACACCAUCCUUCUCCUGGUGACCGAGGCACGGGACGGCUGGCAUUAUGGGGAGAACGAGGCAACCAAAAUGAAAGGCUGGUUUCCUUUCUCCUACACCCGGCCCUUUCCCCUAGCCGAGGGGGCUGACAAACUACUCACUAGUGGCUUCCCACUUAGCAAGAUGAAUAGUAGCAGCACAGGAAACUUGGACCGAGCUGGGUCUCCCCCAGCUGGCCCUGAUGGGGGCGAUGGCCCACGCUACGGGCCUUCGCCACGUGCUCCUGCAUCCCGCCAACGUCCUUACAGCAUGCUAAACCCUGACUUGUCACAGUUAGCAAAUGAGUUUGGGAGUCCAGCUGCCUCUCCUUCAAGGACCAACCCAUUCGCUCACAUCAAGCUGAAACGUACAGUAACCAAUGACCGCUCAGCCCCACUCAUCCAGUGAGAGGUGCAGGGACUGGCAGAGCCACACCGCUACCCCAACUUCUGUCUCCUGCCCCCUACUCUGUGGCCAUUCCCACCUAACAAAAUGUGCCUAGCUCGGAGUUGGCCCCAAGGGCCUGGCUUGCCUCCUCAUCACCCCCCCUCUAGUGGCGAAUGCAAGCGUUGCAGCUCCUGGGGUUUGAACCACUCAGCAUGCUGUACCACAGAGUGGCUGCACCAUUUUACCCAGCACUGGUGAUGAUUCCUGCAGGAGACAGCAUCCAGCAGCAGAAGGAUAGGGAGAGAAUGGAAGAGGGAGCCAGAAUGUGGGAGAUGGAGGCAUAGAUGUUACAGAUGGAUAAACAGAAGCAAAGGAAAGUUGGAGCAAGUGUGACUGGAGGUCCGACGAAAGGAAGAGAAAACUAGGAUGGAUAGGAGGACUUAGAGUUGAUUCUCACAUUGCAACGUUUCUGCAGGGACAGCAGAGCACUGGAUCAGGGCGUCUGAAUGCAAUUCACAACCCUGGAGAAGCUCCCACUGAUUUGAAUACAUCAGGAUUGCAUUCCCUGUAUUUUGAAGUAAGGCCCACCAUUCUAGUGGCAUGAAUUUUCAAGUAAGGCCGAAGUGAAAGUUAGGCAUGGUUGAAUACCGCUGGAAUCAAUGUGUUUUAAGAGUUCUUUAAUUCAGUGGUGCUUCCACUCACUACUUCAGUUUCUCUGGACAGUGUAUAGAAACUGGUUUCAGCUGACCGGGUUUCUCACUUGAUGACUGCGGUUUUCACAUGACAGCCUGGUCAUCUGGAACAUUCCUCGUCAUGUAGCGGGAUAAACUUUUCAUUUACUUGCGGGUAGGAAGACUGCAAAUAGUGAGAUAAUCACCACUCUAAUGGACAGCUAACCGCAUAUUGCUUGAAUCUACCUAUACGCGUGUAGGAUUUGGAAAUGUCAGAAUCAGAGAUAGAGAAUGGAAAAAUGGUUUGAGAGAGAACUGAUUCGUUUAAACCGGAUCUGCGAAAUCCCGUAUAGCUGAUUUCAAGGCUGGUUCACACAUGCAAUGUAUGCCAGUCAAUAUUCAUCGCUCAGUUACUCAGUACUCAGAGAUGGUUCACACAUACACGCAUAUAGCUGAAUGUGUGAACUAGCGCCACUGAAAAUCAUUGCAUUUGGGGGUAGCCUAAUCCUACGUAGAAGUCAUCACUGGAUGUUGCAGUCAUCAACUGACGCGCAUACAUAUGUGAACGAGCCUUCCGUGAUUUGCCGCUGAAUGUGUGGACAGCCUCUGUCGAAAAGUAUUGUUUCAGGCUAUGUCAGAUAAUAUGAAAGCUCUGUUGGUACAGUAUUUUAUCUCCAGUGGCGGUUUCCAUGAUUCUUGGGUUCUCUGGAAGUGCAGUGGUUCCUGUUGUCCACAAACUCCACUGAAAUGGUCCCUACAGCUCAAUAGGCCUUGACGACUUUUCAAUCAGGUACUGAAAUAUCACCAUCAAACAGGCAACAUCCAUCUCAUUAAGAUUCGUCCAUGGAAUGCAGGCCACACAUUUUGCUAACGGUUUCACUUUGUAAUUUAUAUGGAGUUGUGUAGUGUCUUUAACCAGAAUUUUAUUACUAGGCUAUAUGGUGGUCUGUAAGAUAUUUAGAGAUUUCACCAUGGUCCCCACAUUUUGGAAAUAAAUAACAUGGUGGGAUUUAGGCAGAAAGGCCAGGAGUCAGGACUCCUGCUCUCUGGGAAGUAGAUUAGAGCAAGGCAGUUGACACACUUUUUUUAAAAAAAGCAUUUAUUCAUUUUCAGUUGCUGGAAUGCAUUGUAUUUUUGUUUGAGGGGAACCAAAAUGCAGGCGUUUUGGUCAAAGCCAAAAAUGAGUAAUUUAGGUGCACUUGCUUGGUUUGAGCAAAGGAAGCAUAUUUAACCCACUACUUUUAGAGAGGAAAGAAACUGCCCCCUGCAGGCACAGAGGAGCCAUUACAGAGUUCCUGGCUGGGCCCAGUUAGGCAACCGUAAUUCUCGACGUUGCUUCAGUCUUGGAGCUGUUUACACGUUCAAGUUGUGAACGGAGUUACAGAAGAGGCAACAAUUUCUGGGAAGAUCCAUGUCCCAAGACUUGCCGCUUUCCUCGUGAGACAAGCAGUCAUGAAGGCAUAGCAAGGUUGUUGCCUCUGGUGAAGUCCACAAAUUGGUGGUGAAACAAAAGCCUGUGAAUGACCCAUGAUGGCCAGGAAGGGGGUAGGUUAAAAGGCCAUGAGAUUCCUUGGUCAUGUGGACAGAGCUUGUUAACAUGGCACAACAAUGUCUGCAUUUGAGCUGUGCAAAUGAACUUGGCGUGGGGUUACCUGGGUUCCCUCUUGAAUCCAUCUCACUCUGCCCAUUGCUGCUUCUGCUUUGCCCUCUUCCAUUCCAGUUACUUCUGAUGGCCUUUUCCUGUAGAUUCAGGAUGGGCAUUACUGACAGUAUUCAACUUUACCCACUGUGGAAGUGAGAUGUGAGACAAGAUCAGCGGAUAAGCAAGGGCUGAUAGAAAAAGUAUCACCCUGAAUUGCUGUCGACCGGAAUUGCUAUGAUACGCUUUCAACAUUUGAAACCAACAUUUAUGAACAUAUGAAGCCACCUUAUACUGGCUCAGACCAUUGGUCCAUCCAAGUCAGUAUUGUCCAUGCUGACCAGAAAGAGUUUUCCAGAGUUCCACAUUCCCAGCCCUACUUGGAGAUCCCAGGGAUUUAAUCUGGGACCUUCUUCAUGCAAGGCGCGGGCUCUACCACUGAGCUUCAGCCCCACCCCUAUUUGAUUUAGAAAGGGCUGGGGAAAUUGCAUGCAUUUGAUUAGCAAAAUUGCUUGCAGUAGAAGGUGGCUACAGAUGGUAAGCAGAAGUGGAUGAAAAAGAAGGGAGGACUGUAUGUGUCCUCGCUUUAUGUUUCCGGUGUAACAGGCAAAGCUGAAACACAGACAAUUAUUCUGUAGUGAGGGGUGUGUGUGUGUGUGUGUGUGUGUGUGUGCGCGCUCCAGAUGCAGGCACAGUGAGCACACUUAUAACUGGGGCGUGUGUGGUCCUGCUCCCACUUGGAGCACUGCACUGGAAGCCAAAAAAGAAAGGGGGUAAGGACAUGCUGCCUCUCCUCCUGUGAUUUCUGUGUAACGUGUGAAGCUGCUCUUGGUCCAAGAGGCCCUGUUGGGCAACUCGUCCGGUCACCAGUUUGCUGGGACAGUGUGGAAAGCUGGAGGCCCAAAUAUUGGGGUGUUGAUUUGGGGAGGUCCAGUGUGGAAAUAUGACUGCAAAUGUUUUAUUUCAAAUAACCAGCUACAGAGUUUUCUGUAGCAGAUGUUGCUUGCCGGAUUGAUAUAUCUAAGCCGGGGACAUGUGCCUAAUUAACGUCUAGUUUUACCAUAAUUAGGGGCAUACUAAAAGAUACACACCUAAAGGCUGUUCGCACGAGCAGCCUCACCCAGGCUAGGCAGCCCAGCCUGGGUUGGGCUACUCAUGUGCAGUGCCAGGAUCCGUGCAGGUCCUAGUGCUGCCUGCUCACUUAACCCCUUUGUGCCCCACCACCCUAGCCACACAUCCUCCAUCUGUGAGGGCUUGAUUGGGGGGGGGGGUUUACUCACCCUGCCACUGUCCACCGUGCCCGCCUCUAUCCCGCUGCUCAUACUGCCCAUAACCACUGGGGGGAGCAGGCCACCACCACCACCCCCUUGGUGGUAGCGGGCGGGCAGGUGGGCUUCUCCCCACUCCUGGCUGGCGCGCAGUUUCUCUCUGGCCUGUGCACCUGCGUACUCCAAGUAUGACACGUGGUGCUGUCCAUACUCGAAGUAUGCAGGCGUGCAGGCCUGAGAGAAGCCACACGCCGGCCAAGAGUGGGGGGGGGGAGAUGCCUGCUCGUUGCCACCACGGGAGGUGGCCUGCUCCCCCCCCCAGCGGUCAAGAUUAUGGGCAGUAUGAGCAGUGGGGCUGCAGCGGGGCAAGGGAGGGCAGCAGUGGGCAAAAGGGCAGCAGCAGGGGUCCUUGUGGGCUCCCUGACUAGUCUGGGACCAGGGACAGUUGCAUCCCCUUGUCCAAUGUAUGCUACGCCUAUGAUUUCCUGCCUUUGGGUAGAGAGAAAUGAGCCCCGUCACCACAUGUUUGAUUUGCGUUUGUUUGUGUUUCUUGUCUGUGUCUGUGUUAGCUGAAACCAUUCCGUUUCCAGAAACUGGGGAAUGGGAGGGUUUGCAUUCUGCGUUUCUCAUAUGAAGCUGCCUUGUACCGCGUCAGACCACUGGUCCACGUAACCCAGUAUUCCCUACUCUGAUUGGCGGCAGCUCUUUCAGGGUCACAUGCACAGAUCUUCCCCAUCACCUCCAAUCCCUGGCUGGAAAUACCAGGGAUUGAGCCACAGCCACUUCCUAACCCUGAUGCUGGGGUUCCCAUCUUUGGCCCUCCCGCUGUUGUUGGACUGCAACUCCCAUCAUCCUCAGCCACAGCAACCAGUAGUUAGGGAGGAUGAGAAUUGUGGUCCAACAACAACUGGAAGGUCAAACUUGGGCACCCCUACCCUAAAGCGUGCAUUCAAAUUCCAGAAAUUCACACUGAAGAUCUAAAGUUUUCAAAUACCGAGAAUCAAGCUUGAAUGUUCAAAUGUCAAGGAAAGUGUUGACCUUGAGAUGAAUUGCUUUGAAGUAAUGGAGAAGGGAUGGUGUCUGGUGUAACACCCCCAAACCAAAAUUAGAAUCCUGGUGUUUAAGGGGGGAAAUAAGCAAUGUUCAAAAGGCAAAUGUGUUUUCAUUUCAACUUGUGUGUAAGCUGCAGCCCCCCACCCCCAAGAAAGAAUCCAUCCUGUUAUGUUUUUGCUCGAUAGAUUUGUUCAGGCAAAAAUGGGUGCCAAGGGUGACUUAUGCAUGUGUGCAUGUAAUGGCUCAGUAAGCUGGUUGAUCAUGAUCUCUUUCCAAAUGAUAAAGAUAGUACCACACUUUUGCAUCAGAUCAAAAAUGUGGGGAAGCAAAAUGCUCCUCACCAGUUGGCAGGACAAAAGAGACAACUGGCUUAGCAUGCAUGCUGUGAUAAGUUACUCCCUUGGGAAAUGGUUCUCUGUUUUCACCUAAUGAGGGGGGGAGAGAGAGAGAGAGUGUACGCGUGCGCAUGUGUGACUGUGCAUACAAGUGUACAUAGCUCUGUGUGUGUAGCUCUGAACAAGGUGUAUGUAUAAAGGAUUGUGAGUUUCAUUUGGAGAUAUUAGACAGUGGCCUGGUUUGCACAAUGAGGUUGUUCACACGGUCUCUGGCUGCUGCUUGCAAGGGCUGAAGAGAAGACAGGAGCUUGCCCGCCUUCCCCAGCCAGUCAAGCAGCGGCUGUCUGUCCCUCCGCCACACUGCACACCCUCACGAGCAGCAGCGUGGUGAAGGUCAGAGCUGGGAGGGCCUCCCCCCCACAUCCCAGAGUGCCCCACACUAAGAGCACAGUGAUUGUACUCCUCCCCUCCAGCUUGCUGCCAGAAAUGGCAGCAGGCCUGCGGGGGGGAGGGGGGGAGGAGAUUUUUAACCUGGCAGCGAUGGUUCUUACAAUUGCCUGCCAAGGUUAAAUGAACCGCAGGUUUGUUUAACCUUGGCUAAAUGCCAGGUUACAAAGUUGGGCUACCAUGUUCUGGGAGCAUGGGCUCCCGGCGCUCCAGACGACACAAGCCACCUCUGGGUUACCCCCAGGCAGCUCAUGUUGUGUGAAUAGCCUCAAUAGUUUGAACCCAAGCUGUGAACCCAUAAUGUGAAUCCAUGCCACGGUGGUUUAUGGCUCAAGAUGAAUCUGAGUUUCACACCUUGGCAUGGGCUCACACAAUCAUGCUAAUGUUGGUAACCCACAUUAAACUUAGAUUUGAACAAGUGUAUGAAUGGGGUGUGUGUGUGUGUGUGUGUGUGUGUGUGUGAGAGAGAGAGAGAGAGAGAGAGAGAGAGAGAGAGAGAGAGAGAGAAAAGUAUUACUUUGGAACACAAAACAAGAGGCAUGUAAAUGUCUCUAUAGCUGUGGAGGAAUAGGGGAGUCUCAUUAGCUAUGUAUAUAUCUUCCUAUUGACACUUUCCAAUUCUAAUAUUAAUAAAGUUUAAUAUAAACCUUU